GUUAUCUGUGGGUGACUGGACGUCGACUUUUAAAAUGUCCGCCUGACGCUUACAGCCUAGAUGCCUGCUAACGACAGCAGGAAAAUGUGGUCGCUAUUUGAAACAAGUAUGAGGCAGAUGGAACAAACCAUGCAGGAGAGCUCUAGACACUUGGCGACAUCCAUGGAGGAGAUGAAUCGAUCUUUGGCGUUAGGCUCGCAGGCUUUAGAGACCUCAAUGACAGCCAUGGGUGAAAGUCUACAAGCAAGCUCACAGGGGAUGGAGGCAGCGCUCUCUACAGCUGAGGUAGUGAGCAAUCUGAUCACGUUUGUCAAUAACGGAUCGACCACAAACAUCAGCGGACCCACGACCGUCACGGUCAUCAACGGCGAUGAUACUGGCAUCUCUGCUGACGUGCUUCCACCCAAUGAUCGUGUGGAUUCCUGCGGUAACAUCACCAUCAUCACCGGUGAUGGUGCCAGCAUCUCUGCUGACGUGCUUCCACCCUAUAAUCGUGUGGAUUCUGAAAGUAACAUCAUCAACGACGAUGGUGCCAGCAUCUCUGCUGACGUGCUUCCACCCAAUGAUCGUGUGGAUUCCUGCGGUAACGGUAACAUCAUCAACGGCGAUGGUGCCAGCAUCUCUGCUGACUUGCUUCCACCCAAUGUUCGUGUGGAUUCCUGCGGUAACAUCACCACCGACGAUGGUGCCAGCAUCUCUGCUGACGUGCUUCCACCCAAUGAUCGUGUGGAUUCCUGCGGUAACAUCAACAUUUUCACCGGCAAGGGUACCGACAUCCCUGCUGACGUUCUUCCACCAUAUGUUCGUGUGGAUUCCUGCGGUAACAUUAAUUUUAACAUCCCCGGGAUCUCCACACUUUUUCUAGCGGGGAGCUGCCCUAAAUUCGACAUCAUCAACCACUACGCCGACGGGCUUCUACCUAAUGAUCGUGUGAGACACUGUGGUAAGAUCAAUAUCAUCAACAGCGACGGGAAAUCUACCGUUAUACAAAGUUGGACAAACAGGUCAGUCCAACAGGACACACAAACUGGAACACGCAAACGACAACACGAAGAUGAUGAACAAAGUUCAAAGAGGUCGAAGAAUGGUUGCCAUGACAACCCGGAUUCUCCCGAGGAGUGAAAGAUACGCACAAUAGUGUGUUCAAUAGCACACACAAAAAGUUCCUCUUUGUUGGCACACAACUCUCGUGUUAUACGGG